AUGGAUCAUCGAUUGUUACUUGUAUUUAUAAUCGUCUUUUCGGCAGUGCAUUGCGAGGAUACUACGAAGCCUGCUAACACUACUGCCACGGACAACACGACCACUGAAAAAAAUGAAAAAAAUGAAACGGUGGCGACAGUAGCACCUAAACUUCCGAGUUUGUGUACUGUUUGCAAUUGUACAGGUGACAUGGUUAAUUGCACUGACAGAAACUUGAUCGGUCAUUUCGAAGAUUUCGAAUGGCGGAACACGUCCGUAAUGUCCUUUAUGGGGAACCUGUUGAUACACGUGACUCCUUUUCCAAAGGUUGUUAUUAAUAAAUUAGUUCUGCAAGGGAAUCAGAUCACGAAAAUCGACGAUGCCGCAUUCAUGAAGCUAAUCAAUCUCACCGAACUAGAUUUGAGCCAUAACAACCUUACUGCAGCGAAUUUGCAACCCGAUGCGUUUCAGGGUGGAUUUUCACCGACAGCGUAUGAGCCUUUAGCAAACCUGACGGUGUUGAGGCUGGCUUAUAACAGCCUUUAUUCCCUGCAUCAGGAUCUCUUCGAGCAUAUGUCGAACCUGAAAGUACUUGAUCUAUCCCAUAAUUUGUUCACGCAAAUCGAUAUUCGUACCACCCUGGCAAUCACUUCCGUACAAAAAUUAGAGGAGCUGAAUCUGAGUUACUGCGGGUUAAAGUCACUUCCGGACACUCAAUUUUACAACGUCAGGAACCUCAAGAAGCUGAACUUAAGCGGCAAUCGACUCAACACGCCCCCAGCCGCCCUCGGUGAGGCAGAGUCUCUAGAGUACCUUUAUCUGGACGAAAAUCCGAUUCAAAUUAUUAACAAAAGUCACUCGUUCCCCAACAUGUCGAAACUGAAGGAGUUGAGUCUUUGUUGUAUGCCGCAUUUGACAGUGGUCGGUGAAGGUGCUUUCUCAGGCCUGGCUGCGCUGGAACACCUGCGUAUAGAAAGCUGCCCGAAAUUGGAAACGAUCGACGAAUACGCCCUAGCGACUCGGACGAAGGAGUCAGAGCAACCUGAGUGGCCACCACUGAAGAAACUCGAUUUAUCGGAUAACGCACUGCGAUAUUUGCCUGUGCACCUUGUGGGCGCGUCAUGGGACAACCUCGAAGAAUUGGAUUUGAUGAACAACAAAUGGAGCUGCGAUUGCGAUAAUCAAUAUCUGAUUGGAACUCUGCUACCGAAAUAUGGAAAGAAGUUAAUGGGAGAUGACGUUAACACGCUCACCUGUUCAGCGCCUACGGAACACGCGGGGAAGAACCUGUCGUCUUUGGCCCAUCGGAAGCUCCGUUGCCUGGACGUCUAUGGAGCGAAGCCCGAGAAAGACGCGACGAUCCUCGUCGGGGUGCUGAUCGGUCUGAUCCUCGCGGUCCCCGUUUGCCUGACCCUAUUCGUCCUUUGGCGUCGCGGAUUCUUUUUCUGCGGCAAUCAAGGUCCAGCGAGCUUCUCUCGCGCCUUCUACAAGAGAGCCACCAACGACGAGGACAUCUGA